GACCUUAUCAUUAUGGCGGCUCAAUGUUGUCUGAAGUCACUUCCUCUAAAAGGCCUGAAAUAACUGGCCUUAAAGUACAGUCUGCUGAGCAAAAUCAGUCAAAGCAGAUUCCUUUAUUCGCUUAGAUAAGGAUGGCAGACCAGGAUGGUGACGGCAAUCUCCAAGACGUCCGAGAAGAGUUGGAUGAAUCUGAGGAUGAAGAAGAGGGUGAUGAAGAGAGGAAUGUUGGGUGGCAUGAGCAGGAAGAGCUGGACUGGUCUGAGGAUGAUGGGUCUGAUUUAGAGUCCAUCUCAGACACUCCAGCAGAACGCAGUGGUCACAUCGCAGUGGUUGACAGAAACUGCAUAUAUGUCUGGGGAGGAUAUAAGAAUGCUGAAGCACCUGGGUUCUUUGACUUGUACUUACCAAGGCAUGAAAUCUGGAUCUACAACAUGGAAACUGGAAGAUGGAGAAGGCAGCUGUCAGGAGGAGAUCUCCCUAACCCAAUGUCGGGCAGCUGCGGUGUAUGUGUGGAAGGCAUUCUGUAUCUCUUUGGAGGCCAUCAUGCUAGAGGAAAUACUAAUUUGGUUUAUCGUCUGCCUCUGAGAGCUUCUGACUUCCAUUGGGAGAGGAUGAAGGACCUUAAGGGUUUGGCCCCCACAUGUAAAGACAAACUAGGUUGUUGGGUGUAUAUGAACAGGCUGGUGUAUUUUGGGGGCUAUGGCUAUGAGGCAGAAGCAGACCAUCGAGGAACGUUUGAAUUAGAUGAAAAUUCGCUUAUGGGUAACCACCAAGGACGGGGCUGGAACAAUCAUGUUCACAUUCUUAACCUUGAAACGUCAUCCUGGAGUCAACCCAUUACAAAGGGAAAUGCUCCGACACCACGCGCAGCCCAUGCUUGUGCUACUAUGGGAAACAGAGGUUAUGUUUUUGGAGGUCGAUAUAUGGAUCAUCGGCUAAAUGACCUCUACUAUAUUAACAUGGACACCUGGGAGUGGACUGAAAUGUCAGUACCUCAGCAUGGCCCAGUUGGCCGCUCAUGGCACUCUUUCAUACCGGUGUCAUCAGAUCACAUCUUCCUGUUCGGUGGCUUCACAACUAAUCGAGAAACAUUAAGUGAUGCCUGGCUGUACUGUGAAACCACAAACGAGUGGAAGCAGCUUAAACACAACCACAAGAAAAGUCCAAGACUUUGGCACACAGCAUGCUUAGGUCUAGAUGGAGAAGUGUUUGUAUUUGGGGGCUGUGCUAAUAAUCUUCUCUCACAUCAGCAAGCAUCCCAUAGCAAUGAGCUACUCAUUUUCACAGUUCAGCCAAAGUCCCUGCUUAGGUGCUGUACAGAGGUUGUUGUGCAACACAGACAUCAGCUUGAGAGCAUGUUUGACUGCUUGCCCAAACAUCUCCUACACAGCCUCCAGCAGAGAUUCAGUUCAUCCACUUAGCUUAUUGAAAUGUGAAUGUAUG